AUGUCAGCGGCAAACCGAGGAAGAAAUCCGGCCGGCGGACGCAAGAGGGCCAGAGACGCCGAGGACGAUGGCCCGUCGUCGUCUGCAGCACCACCAUCAAGUCCUCCCGCGUCAUCACCACCCGUGUUCCCCGCUGGCGGCGACGACAUUGAAGAGGACGACAACAUUGACCCCGAGGAAGAUCUCAUCCACGACAUUGACGAUGCAGACGAGAUGGCAGAAGACGAUGCAGGCAUCGACCUCUUCGGCGACAACUUUGAUCGCGACUACGACCGACAAGAACAAGCUGGAUACCGCGGCGCCGACAUUGAUGAUGAUGAGGACUACGACCAGCUGGAUCCGGCGGCCAGAAGAGCGCUUGAAGCACGCCUCAAUCGCCGUGAUCGAGAGCUGGCACAGGCACGCAACAGACCGGCUGCCUUCUUACCCGACGAUGAAGAGGAUGUCAUGGAUCUCACCCGCCAGCCACGCAGACGCAGGCAUCGCUUCGACGAGGAUCAGGACGAUGUGGACAUGCAUGAGGAUAUUAUGAACGAGGAAAUCUCAGUCGAGGCUUUGGGAGAAGUAAAGGCUGCAAACUUGACGGAUUGGGUUUCCCAACCGGCAGUGCAUCGCUCAAUUGCACGAGAGUUCAAGUCUUUCUUGACCGAAUACACCGAUUCUACAGGUACCUCGGUCUAUGGUGUUCGCAUCCGUACCUUGGGAGAAGUCAACGCGGAGUCAUUGGAAGUCGACUGGGCGCAUCUGGCGGAGUUCAAGCCUGUUUUGGGCUACUUUCUAACCAAUGUUCCAUUCGAGAUUUUACCAAUCUUCGACGCUGUGGCUUUGGAAGUCGCUCUUUACCACUACCCGGACUAUGAGCGCAUCCACUCGGAACUGCAUGUACGUAUUGCAGGGUUGCCCAUCUCAUACACCCUGCGUCAGUUGCGUCAGAGCCAUCUGAACUGCCUAUUGAGAGUGAGCGGUGUCGUUACUCGACGAACUGGAGUGUUUCCUCAGCUCAAAUAUGUCAAAUUUGACUGCACCAAGUGCGGAGUCACACUUGGUCCCUUCCCACAAGACAGCAAUGCGGAGGUCAAGCUGUCGUACUGUCAGAACUGCCAGUCUCGUGGUCCCUUCACACUCAACAGCGAGAAGACCGUCUAUCGAAACUACCAAAAGCUCACCCUCCAAGAAUCGCCUGGAACUGUCCCAGCAGGUCGCCUACCACGAACUCGCGAAGUAAUUCUGUUGUGGGAUUUGAUAGACUCUGCUAAGCCUGGCGAGGAGGUGGAGAUUUCUGGAAUAUACCGCAACAACUACGAUGCGCAGCUCAACAACAAGAACGGUUUCCCCGUUUUUGCAACCAUUCUCGAAGCGAAUCACGUGGUCAAGUCUCACGAUCAGCUUGCUGGCUUCAGAUUGACAGAAGAGGAUGAGCGCAACAUUCGUGCUCUCAGCAAGGAUCCGAAGAUUGUCGACAAGAUCAUCAGCUCGAUCGCUCCUUCCAUCUAUGGCCACACCGACAUCAAGACUGCGGUUGCGCUCUCACUAUUCGGCGGAGUUUCAAAGAUGGCACAAGGCAAGCACUCAAUCCGUGGUGACAUCAACAUUCUGCUACUGGGUGAUCCUGGUACUGCAAAGUCUCAAGUCUUGAAGUACAUCGAAAGCACAGCACAUCGCGCCGUAUUCGCUACCGGUCAGGGUGCUUCCGCUGUGGGUCUUACAGCAAGUGUACGGAGAGAUCCCCUUACACAGGAAUGGACGCUGGAAGGCGGUGCAUUGGUGCUUGCUGACAAGGGUGUAUGCCUGAUCGACGAGUUCGACAAGAUGAACGACCAAGAUCGGACCAGUAUCCACGAGGCCAUGGAGCAGCAGACCAUCUCCAUCUCCAAAGCCGGUAUUGUCACGACAUUACAAGCAAGAUGUGCCGUCAUCGCCGCCGCCAACCCCAUCGGUGGACGCUACAACGCGACAGUGCCUUUCAGCCAGAACGUCGAGCUCACGGAACCCAUUCUGUCUCGUUUCGACAUUCUUGUCGUUGUCCGAGAUACCGUCGAUCCCGAAGAAGACGAACGUCUCGCCAACUUUGUGGUGAACAGUCACGGUCGUGCACACCCUGUCAACAGCUCAUCUCUUGGCUCACAAACUCAAACCACAGCCGUUGGCGAAGAGGGCAUGGACGUCGAUGACGAGGAGCAUGCUCCUGCUUCCGCAGGACCCAAAACGGAGAUUCCUCAAGAGUUGCUGAGGAAGUACAUUCUUUACUCUCGCGAGCAUUGUCGGCCGAAACUAUAUCAGAUUGACCAGGACAAGAUCGCGAGACUCUUUGCCGAUAUGCGGAGGGAGUCGCUUGCCACUGGCGCUUAUCCCAUUACUGUCCGUCAUCUUGAAUCCAUCCUCCGAAUCAGCGAGUCCUUUGCCAAGAUGCGUUUGAGCGAAUACUGCAGUUCCGUAGAUAUCGAUCGGGCUAUUGCGGUGACGAUUGACAGUUUUGUCGGCAGCCAGAAGGUUUCAUGUAAGAAGGCUCUGGCGAGAGCUUUUGCAAAGUAUACGCUUGGAAGACCUGGUGCACCAAAGAACCGGAAUCGAGGUGGUAGGACUCGGGAUGGAGUUAGUGCUGCUGCUUAG